CUACGCUCCUUCCUUCGCAAACAAAGACACGCACAGUCCAUAGACUCAAGGCCUUCCAAAAUCGAAUUGAAGUAUUUUUCACUUCCUCUGUCUCCUUGAACAUCCAGACGUGAUACUUGACUGUCCUGCAUCGCAAUUUUGCGUUGACUGCCCGCAAUCAUGUCUCGACAACGACAACGGCAACGUUCCAGCAAGCCCAGAUUGGCGCAGGGAUCGGCUUUUGUCAACCGCUCACCUCUCCCCGACGAGCUUCUUUCUCAGUCACCCACCCAUUUCACAGGCGCGUCAAACUUCCGAAAUCGCUCUUCAAGCAGUGUUCGCCCGCUGCUCUUUGACGUAGCUAACUUCAGCGAAUAUGCUCACUCAACAGUAUCCUCCAGCCCCGGUGCUUCGCGCCCGUCGACCACCAGGCCUCCGACGCGUGCAACGACCGCGUCUGGACGCAAGUCUCGCGCCAGCGCGUCCACCAUCCUCGGGCAGAGCGAGAGAGAGACCGUCAUAUGUGCCGUCAGCGAGGCGCGCGGCGUGACACCGUCCGUGGGCGUUGCCUUUGUAAAUGUUACGCUCAGCAAAGUCACAAUGAGUCAAAUCUGCGAUAACCAGUCCUAUGUCAAAAGCAUCCACGAAAUUCAGAUGAACAAGCCGACUAGGAUUAUAUUCAUGUCCACGGCAUGUCCACCCAGUCGACCAAGCACGCUAUACGGCCUGGUGAACAACCUGAUUCCCGAGGCAAGCAUCGAUGUCUAUGACAGGGCGGCCUGGUCUGAAUCCUCAGGUCUGGACUUGAUCCGGAACCUUGCAUUCGAGACCGAUGUCAGUCCCUUGACGGUGGCACUCCAAGGGAAAUACUAUGCUACCUCGUCGUUUUAUGCGGCGAUGAAGUACAUCGAGCACCACUUUGCAAUCACGUUUGUGCCCCAUUCACUUCGAAUCAGCUACCAGCCCUCGGACGGAACCAUGAUGAUUGACAUUUCUGCGUUUCAGUCUCUGGAGAUAAUGCAGAACUCCCGGGAUCCCAAAUCGAAGGACUCCCUUUUCGGGCUCCUGAAUCAAACUACCACGCCCAUGGGAACCCGAAUGCUUCGACGGAACAUUCUGCAACCCCCAACACAUGUCGAGGCCUUUGUGAGGCCUCGGCACGACGCUUUAGAGGAGCUUACAACGAACGAAGAAUUGUUCCAGGAUAUCCGGAGAGCACUGAAGGCAUUCAGCGAUGUUGAAAAGCUGUUGACCAAAUUGAUCAUCGUCAACAAAAACAGCGAUGUUCGGCACGUUGAGGAGCAGAUCAAUCAGGUGUUGAUGAUGAAGAGCUUUCUCGAAGCCAUUCCUGAAUUAUAUCAAGCUCUUGUGCCAGCCAGAAGCCCAUUGCUGACCAAGGCGCGCGACAUAUGUCACCCUGAAAUCACCGGUGGAACUCUUGACCGCAUUCGACAGGUCAUCGAAGCCGAUGUAACGUACACGAGGUCCCCUCUAGACCUGAGGAACCAGAGAACAUUUGCCGUCAAAGCUGGCAUCAGUGGCAUGUUGGACGUUGCGCGACAGAUGUACAAGGAGUUGACAGAGGAGAUCCACAAGCACGUGGACGAGGUGAAUGAGAGAUUCAAAUCAACGGCAGCGUUGAAGUUCGACAACGGCCGAAAAUACUGGCUUCGGAUCAAAGCAUCCGAUUUUGACGGUGGCCGGCUGCCAGACUGCUUUGUCAAUGUUGUGCGCAAACGGGACAAGAUCGAGUGCCAGACACUGGAUCUCAUCAAGCUAAACCUCAGACUGUCCGAUACGUCUAACGAGGUUGUCAUUCGGAGUGACGCCGUCAUCGACGAGCUGAUCGCAGACAUCCGCUUGGCAGCGCCUCAGUUCUUCCGGGUGUGCGAAUCAGUCGCCAUGGUAGAUAUGAUUUCUGCCUUUGGUCAGCUAGCAACAACGCGAGACUAUGUCAAGCCAGAGAUUGCUGGUACUCUGGCCCUCAAAGCGGCGAGACAUCCCAUCCGUGAAAAGAAACCCGGCGCCGAGUUCAUCCCCAACGACUACUACUCGACCGAGCAAUACUGCUUUCAUAUUGUCACUGGCAGCAACAUGAGCGGCAAGAGCACCUACAUCCGCAGCAUCGCGUUGCUUCAGAUCAUGGCUCAGAUAGGGUCAUUCGUCCCAGCUGAAUACGCCGCUUUCUCCAUCAUCCACCAAAUGUUCGCCCGAGUAUCUAUGGACGACAGCAUCGAGUCAAACCUGUCAACUUUCUCCGUUGAAAUGCAGGAGAUGGUUUUCAUCCUGCGCAACAUCAAUGACCGCAGUCUUGCCAUUAUAGACGAGCUCGGUCGGGGGACGAGUAGUCGUGAUGGACUGGCUAUUGCCAUAGCCAUGUCCGAGGCUCUGAUUCAGAGCAAGGCGUCCGUCUGGUUUGCAACGCACUUUAUCGAGCUGGCGCGUGCGCUUGCGGACCGCCCAGGCGUUCUCAACCUCCAUCUGUUGGCGCGCAAUACGGUCACCGCAGAUGGACUGCCUCAGAUCACCAUGCUGUAUAAGGUUGAUUCCGGAUACAUGGACGACGAGGUUCACUACGGCAUCAAUCUGGCGCGGGCCAUAGGCCUUCCAAAGUCAUUCACUGACAAGGCUGAAGAGGUGGCAAAUUACUUGCGGACAAAGCGAGCGGCGAAUCAGCAAGGCUCCGAGUCACGCAAGCUUAUGGCACGUCGCAGGUUGAUCCUGAAUCUACAUGAGGCACUCAAGCAAGCCAAGGAGGCGGCAGACCCGGCCGUGCUGCCAGGGUACCUGCAACGGUUACAGGAGCAGUUCAUCACUCGCAUGGAAGAGCUGGAUCAGUUAUGAACUGGGUCGGAGACAUGGACCCGUGUGUGUGGAGCAGCAUUUCAUUAUCGCUCAUGCGCCAGGUCGGCUGUAGCUCAACUCUUGUACUCGCUUCCAGACUUCUCGC